GCGGAGGGCACCGGGCACUGUCACUCUCCAGCCGGGCGGACACGGAUGAGGCGAGGCGUGGACUGCUCCGGGACUGGUGAGAAGUCGGGGAUGUGUGGAAUGUGAAGAGGUUUUGCCCUGAACGGAGUCAUCUACAAGGCUUAGAAAUGUCUCUGCUUUUGGAGCUUCUCAGACAACUCCUAGAAUAUCUGGGUGUUCCAGCUGAGCAGCUCGUGCCGGUAUGGGAACGGUUUACUCGCAGACGUAGCAUUGUCCGUGCUAUAGCAAAUCGCCUUCCUCCUGUGCUGUUUGAAGGCAUCGACAUACAGUGUAUCCAGGUUUUGGAAAGGAAGAACUAUGGCUGGACUCGUAGUGUGGUUCGAAUUAUUGGAACAUUGCUGCCAUUGGAACGAUGUCCUAGACCUCAUUUUCAGAAAAUCUUGGGACCUGGAGUGUUAGAAUCUGAAGAAUACGAGGCUAUGAAGAGAUCUGACAUCCCUUCUUUGGCAGAUGCCCCAUGUCUGUUGGAUGACAAUGUUAUGACUUACACCCGAUUUAGACAUGAUUUUCCUUCAAGCAAAUCCAUGGGAGAAGUCCACUUAGCGGGACCUCCUAACACGGAUUCCGGAUUUCUGACUAUCGUGUCGGGCAACAGAGUGUCUGAGAUCAGUCUACUUCCUGCAAAUGACCAUGCCUUUCAGAAAAUAGCAGCUUUAGAGGAUGAGCUGGUUCAGCUGCGAGCGCAGAUCGCUGGUAUUGUCGCCAUGCAAGAGUCAAAAGCCACACAGUCCUAUACAGAAUCAAUAUGCUCUGUUGGCAGCCCAAGUAAUGCCCUUCCACCUCCAUCUUUAGCUUCUACACCCCUUUCUGCACAGUUCUCCCAAUGUACAACACCAGUACCACCGCCCCCUCCACCACCACCACCUCCAGCCCCACCUUCUAACCUCAACUCUGCAAAAUCUGCCAUUAGUCUUAUAAAGGAACGUAAAGCUUCUCACAAGCGCAGCCCAAUGGAAAGAGAUACUGUGGAUAAGCUUCCCAGUAUGAUGGAUGUUUUAAAAGGCAUAAAUACCAUCAAGCUUCGUACUGUUGAAAGAUCCCCCGGCGGCACACCCUUAACCCGGAAAGACAAGAAGAGACGUUCUCUCAAUGAUCCAACAGACCCGGCAGCUAUUAUAGCCCGCGCUUUAAAGCAGAAGUUUGCACACAGGCAUAAAGAUGACUCCUACGAUAAAGAAAAUAGAUCUUGCGAGGACUCUCCGUUCUCUAGUCCUGAAACCCCAAUGUUUGGGCGCCACCUGCUAAAGCCUGUGGGGAAAAGAACACAGAGAGAACUUACAAGUAGGCAAGUCCAUGCGUGACGGAACCUGUUUUGGAUGUUUUUGGGGAAAACGUGUCUAUCUAUUAUUGCAACUAGCACAGCAUAACGGGCAACUCCUCUUCUUUUUUUUUUUUUUCUUUUUUUUAUUCAUUGAAGCCAGGGGAUUCUUUUUGAAGUUAAUUUUGCUGUAAAAGUCUGUUGGUUGCAUCUUAACAGUUGAUUUGGUGUACAAAGGCUUUUCUUAAAGUUGAAUUCUGAUAAGUAACCUAUUAUGGGUAAGCUAUGGCAUAAAUGUCUGAUCUGCUGGGGUUCCACUAAUCAG